GGAUUUCGUUACAGCUCAGACACAAAUAUUCUCGCCUUUCGUACAGUUCAGUUCUCGAACCAAAAUUAAAAUAGAAUGUAAAUUUUUUUUUUUUGGAAAUCAUCAAAAUUCAUUUAUUUUUAUUUUCUUAUUCGGCAAAAAUAUAAAACAAAUUUUUGGUAAUUCAGCAUGUCUUUAUUUCGAUUGAGGUUCACUUCAAUCCGAACUCGAUCAUCUAUCGGAUUUUCACUUCUGGCUGACCAUUUGGAUCGGACAUGGCAGUUACCGACAUAUUUUAAUAGCUUGCAACAAAAAUCGUUGAGUAAAUCUGCGAAUAGUAGAUUUCACGGACGCAAUGAAGCACAACUGAAGGAAUUGGAGAGAGUGAUAAUUAGAGGUGGAUGGAAUGAUUUUAACAUUGAAAGGAUAUUUUUCGGUGACAAGGGGAAAAAAACAAUCAAAUGUAUAUUGCAUUGUCUCGUUGAUGCCAUUAGAAGACCAAUGAAAGUAAGGGUGUCCAAGGAUAACUGUGGUAAAAGAAAAUCAGACCCUGUGGGAAAAAUAUGUGCAGCGUUAAAGAAAAAGAAGAAACAACCUCUGUUUUUAAAAAAGGGUCAACCCAAAAAUGUCUACUCAAUGAAAUUGGAGAAGUGUAUACGAAAGGAGUGGGCCGAUGUCUGUCAGUGUCGAAAGGACAUGUCGAAAGCUGAACGGAAAAAUCUAUCGCGAUCUUACAAAUGCAUGGGUAAACAAUUUGAAAAAAUGUGCCGAAAGAAAGUGAUAAGGCAAAUGUGUAAGGCAGCCAGUGGAAAGAAGAAACAGAAAAGAUCUAUUAAAAAAAUGUGCAAAAAGCUGGCUAAGAAACAGAAAAAGCAGCGCAAUAAGAAAAAGUGUAAGAAGCAGUCUUCUAAAGGAAAAAAUUCGCUGAAGAAAUUGUGUAAGAAGUUGAGUGCAAAGAAAAAGUGUAAAAAAUCAAAGAAGCAAUCUCUGAAGAAAAAAUGCGCCAAGUUGGCUAAGAAGCAGAGAGCGCGAGCUCUUAAGAAGAAAUGCGCGAAGAUGGCUAAACAACGGAAGGGGAAAGCUUUGAAGAAGAAAUGCUCCAAGAAAUCUAAAAAAUCGAAGCAGCGAGCUCUUAAAAAGAAAUGCGCAAAGAUGGCUAAGAAGCAGAAGGCGCGAGCUCUUAAGAAGAAAUGCGCAAAGAUGGCUAAAAAACGGAAGGCGCAAGCUCUUAAGAAGAAGUGCGCCAAGCAGGCUAAGAAACAAAAAACGCAAGCUCUGAUCAAGAAAUGCGCAAAGAUGGCUAAGAAACGGAAGGCACGAGCCCUGAAGAAGAAGUGCGCCAAGAAAUCUAAGAAAUCGAAGCAGCGAGCUCUUAAAAAGAAAUGCGCAAAGAUGGCUAAGAAGCAGAAGGCGCGAGCCCUUAAGAAGAAAUGCGCAAAGAUGGCUAAGCGGAAGGCCCGAGCUCUGAAGAAAAAGUGCGCCAAGAUGGCACUGAAGAAAAAGUGCGCCAAGAUGGCACUGAAGAAAAAGUGCGCCAAGAUGGCACUAAAGAAAAAGUGCGCCAAGAUGGCAUCGAAGAAAAAGUGUGGAAAGAAAUAAGACGAAAAGAGUAGGCUGCCGAACUUGGCUAUAAUCUUGCCGUCAAAGCCUGUAUUAAUAUUUAAAUUGAAAACAAAGGUUUUUUAUCAGAUGUGUAAAGUUCCGAGUUUUUACAUUGAGAGAGUUGAAUCUUACCAUUACGCCAUGCGUAGAAUGAAUUAUAUUAUAAAAUAACUAGUGUAAAAUGGAAAUAAAUGAAUGCAAACUAAGAAUUUCUGAUCAA